AUGACAGUGCGGAAUGAUCCCACGCUACUCGCGCAGAUCACCGACCUCGUCGCGACGGCUCUGCAAGACGAGACUUUCGCUCGCGGCGAACCGGUCCUCCAAGCCGGGAUGCUUGUCCAGCCUCUGACGCUGCCUCAUUUGCGGUAUGCUAAGAAUCAAGCACAGGCACAUGCACAGGCGCAAGGACAAGCCCAAGAACAGAAACAAGGACAAGGACACACAAACCUCAUGCUCCUGGAUGACGAGGACGAGGCACUGAUAUUACUCUCCCUCGAAAUCCACUAUCUCAACGCAUCACACACGGAGCGGUACACCGCCCUCCUCAAUAACGUCCUCUCCCGCGCCGAAGAUCUCGCACGCUCAUCCACCCCUAACGCACUCCAUCCGUUCCGGUACGUCAAUUACGCGGCGCAGGGUCAGGACGUGUGGGGCAUGCUUCGAGAGAAGGAAAGUGGCAUGUUGGAACUGGUGAGGGACGUGCAGAGGCGGUAUGAUUGCCAGGGUAUCUUCGAGAGGAUGUUGAGUGGGGGGUUCAGGAUAGGCAAAUUGGGAUAG